AUGGUUGAAGUCUUUGGCACUGUCGCAGGCGCAAUGAGCGUGGCCGCCCUGUUCAACAACGCAGUCGACACGCUCGGGUACAUCAAGCUCGGGCGGCACUUUGCGCGCGACUUUGAGCGGUGCCAGCUCAAGCUCGACAUUGCCAGAACCCGUUUGGCGCGCUGGGGCAACGCAGUCGACAUCACCGGCACGCCGAGAUACAACCUGGUCAUGCCGCAGGAUGACGAGUCGCAACGUGUCUGCACCAUCCUCGAAGCAAUUAUGUUGCUGUUCCAGGAUGCCCAGAAGGUAUCUGAAAGAUACGCCUUGUCGAAAUUGACCGAUGGUUCAAACCUCGAGUAUUGCGAUCCAGCCACGAGUCUGACGGAAACAGGUCGUCGAACCCACGAGAGGCUGUUGGCUCGCAUCGCUACCCUCCAAAAGGGGACGAGCUUCGCGAAGAAAGCCGCCUGGGCGCUCUACGACGCCAAGGAUUUCGACAGGCUCAUCGUAGAGAUCGCCGAGCUCAUCGGAAGCUUGGAGAAGCUGACUAUGACUCAACCCGUUCCUCGUCGGCUGGUAGAGAUCGAGAUCGAGGAGAUGGACGACGAUGUGCCGAGCUUGAUGCUCCUCCAGGAUGCAUCCUCAGGGGUCGAUGCCGUGCUCCAAGAGGUGGUGACGGACAGGGUCUCUGCUCUCAGCAGCCGGAACCACAUUGGGACUCUCAAGGCUAUAGACCGUGCCCGUGCUAAAGCCGGUGAUCACUGGGCUAUAGAGGCAAUGGUGAAGGCCAACUCGGGCUUCAGAACAGCUCCGAGUGAUAACAAAGUAGACAAUGCCGACAUGGCGGGGGAUUCUAGACUGCAUGUGGGAAACAGCUAUGGUGGUGGCAGUCUCUGGGAUUGA